UCCAAUCAGAAGUUCACAAAUUUGGGACUUCUCUUUGUGAUCCUCCUAGUCCCUCCGUUUACAGUACAUCUUUAAUUUUUGUUGCUGCCGAAAGACUCCGAAAAGUAGAAACAAGACUAAUUUGACUGAUUCUACAAUUGGCCGCUUGACGGGGAAGCCCACCGCCCCCCCCCCCCCCCCUCCCGUCACAAAAUGCCGUUGGUGACGAGGAACAUCGAGCCUCGCCAUGUGUGCCGCCAGGUGCUCCCCAGCACCAUCCGCAGCGAGCUGGAAUGUGUCACCAACAUCAGCCUCGCCAACAUCAUACGCCAGCUAGGCAGCCUCAGUAAGUAUGCAGAGGAUGUGUUUGGAGAGCUGUUUGUGCAAGCGGGGGCGUUUGCUAUCAGGGUGAACUCACUGGGUGAGAGAGUGGACCGUCUACAGGUGAAAGUCACCCAGCUCGACCCUAAAGAGGAGGAGGUCUCUCUGCAGGCCAUCACCCAGAAGAAAGCGUUUCAUAGUAAUCUGACUCAGGACCAGCAGUUAUUCUGUAGACCCUCUUUACCACUGCCUGUACAGGAGACUUAUCUGACCUGUAAUCCUCCUCCACCACUCAACAACCUCAGCCAGUACAGGGACGAUGGGAAGGAUGCUCUGAAGUUCUACACGGACCCGUCUUACUUCUUUGACCUGUGGAAAGAGAAGAUGCUGCAGGACACCAAGGACAUCAUGAAGGAGAGACGCAAACACAGGAAGGAGAAGAAGGACAAUCAAAAUAUGCGGACUCUGAAUCCCAGAAAGAUCAAGACCAGAAAGGAUGAGUGGGAACGACGCAAGAUGGGGGAAGAGUUUGUGGUACCCAAGAACGACAUGGGAGAAUCUCUUGAGGGUCUGAAUGGCAGUAUUGGUUCAGGAGAAGGCUGUUAUUCCCCUGAUGGUUUAGACCCGAGUACAGGGUCGUACGCCUUCGAUCCCGGCUCCCCCCUCCCUCCCCCCGCUCCCGAUGACUUCCUGCCCCCUCCACCCCCAGACAUGACGUAUGACGGACAGUACGGAGCACCAACCCAGAAGCGCACCAGCGUUCUGAGCCCCACACACCCUCCUCCAGCCCCUCCCAUGACCUCUUCUGCUUCCAGUGGCUCCCGGCCCAACCUGGCCCCUCCCCCUGCCCCACCUCCCCCUCCCCCCUCUGGCUUGGGAAUCCCUCCCCCUCCCCCCUCUGGAUUUGACUCCUCCCCCCCUGCUCCCCCUCCUCUCUUCUCCUCUGCCUAUCCCUCCCCUCCUGCCCCACCUUCCCCUCUCUCCCAGACCACCAUCUCUCCGCCUCCUCCCCCCUCUCUCCCCCAGGGUGGUGGCGCACCUCCUCCUCCUCCUCCCCCACCUCCCCCAGGCCCUCCUCCCCCCUCUUCUGGCCUACUUCCUCCCUCCUUCUCCAUUGGGGCUCCCCCUCCUCUCAAACCCACCCAGGUUCAGCCAGAAGCCCCCGCUGACGCUCACAAUGACUUGCUGUCAGCUAUCCGGCAAGGUUUUAACCUUCGUAAAGUGGAGGAACAGAAAGAACAGGAGAAGAAGGAUAACUAUGGCAACGACGUAGCGGCCAUCUUGUCUCGCCGUAUUGCUGUGGAGUGCAGCGACAGCGAAGACGACUCCUCGGAGUUGGACGAUGACGAUUGGUCUGAGUGAGGCCUCCUUUACCACCACCACCACCAUCAUGGUCUUCCUCGGUCCUCCUCAGAGAGAAUGCAUCAUGUCCUUUUGUCAUUAUUUCUUUAUAACCAAUGAUCUGAGGAGUAGAGGGCCAAAGAGAAGUGUGUCCUCUUCCACACUCCUGUCUAAGCCAGUCACAUUCCCUGUGUGCCAGUCACAUUCCCUGUGUGCCAGUCACAUUCCCUGUGUGCCAGUCACAUUCCCUGUGUGCCAGUCACAUUCCCUGUGUGCCAGUCACAUUCCCUGUGUGUUUUAUGUAGAACUUAACUGAGAGCCGAUGACUUCAGUAUGGAGAACGGUCCAAAUAUCAAAAACCCAAUUAUUUCUAAAGGGCACAUGGCCGAAGGUGUGUGUGGUAAUGAGAAUUAUACUCAGAUAGCAUAGUAUACCGUAUAGAUAUUGAUCCUUACACACAGACACAGACACAGUCCCAUAAUGGUAUAACUGAUGAACUGUGUUAUGUAUUAAGAAUAAUAUUUUACUUUAUGAUAGUUAUAAGAUGUGCUAAAUAAGACACACCGGAAGUUUUUUUUAAUGCAGUUUUUGUUUUUUUCCCCCUGUCUUUUGCUCUGUUGGCAUGGGAAUGGUUACCUAGGUGACGGAGGGACUCAUUAACAGGUGGGGGGGUAGAAAUAUAAUGUAUUUAUAUAUAAAUAGGGGGACGUUCAGCUGAACAAAAAUGUCUAAACGUUCUGAAAUGUUCUGAUUCAGUUCUGGCUCAAUAAAACCAUGUCCCCAGUCAGUCAAAACAUGCUCUGCCCAAUAAGUGAUCCCUCUCUUGCCCUAGUCCCGCCCCUCCUUAAGUGCCUUUGCUUUUCAUGUUUAUGUGCGAGGAGGAUGAAGUUACCCUCGGACGCUGAUCUAGGGUCAGGUUUGGUUCCCAUCGCCACAGGAUUGGAUGACGCGUCACUGAUCUUAGAUCUGUGUCUGAGACAACUUGGAUCGUCCUUCUGUUUAAGUGCCUUCUGUUUGUUUUAAAGCCAAAAGUGUAAAGCCACAAUCAGACCUGAAUGUGUUAUUAUCCAACCACCUGUUUCUGCUUGUCCUGUCUGUCUCAACUUUAUCAGUGAGGAUUAUUACAAUAAUAAAGAUACAAUGAACUACA